CUUGAAUUAAUUAUAUUAUGUACAUGAAGUCUAAAACAUCUCAUCAUUGUCUCCAUCCUCAGCCCCUUAGGAUGCGUUGCAAAAGUUGUGCCUUAGUGACCAGCUCUGGUCACAUGACUGGAAGUGGUCGAGGUGUGGAGAUUGACCGCAAGGAGUGUGUCAUCCGUAUGAACGAUGCCCCAACACGAGGCUACCAGAAGGACGUGGGCCAGCGAACGACCCUGCGUGUGGUCGCUCAUUCCAGCGUGCAACGUGUGCUACCGCACGAGCUACUCAACUCCAGCCAGAACACCUUCUUUAUCUUCUGGGGGCCCGGAAACCACAUGCGACAAGACGGUAAAGGCCUUGUCUACAACAACCUGCGUCUGUUGAAGCAGAUGAUGCCUAAACUACAGGUGUACGUCAUCUCAGGGUUAAAGAUGCUGCAUUUUGAUGAGCUCUUUAAGAAGGAGACAGGGAAAGAUAGAAAAAAGUCCAAUUCAUGGCUCAGCACGGGUUGGUUCACCAUGGCAAUCGCAUUGGAGAUUUGUGACAGAAUUAAUGUCUAUGGCAUGAUUCCUCCUGACUUCUGCAAUUCUCCCAGUCCUGAGCCCUCAGUGCCGUAUCACUACUAUGAGCCUGCGGGGCUGGAUGAAUGCAAAAUGUAUCUCUCCCACGAGCGGGGCCGGCAUGGCAGCCACCAUCGUUUCAUCACAGAAAAACGUGUCUUUGCCAACUGGGCACGUAUGUUCAACAUACACUUCUAUCAACCUGACUGGAGACCAGCACCUGUUACAAAGAACAGCACAGACUCCUGAGGUUCAGACUUUGGGAUGUUUCCAGACUCAGAACUCAAUGUCCUUUUGAGGACAAAUGAACAUUUUAACUGGAACACAUUAUGAAUGAAUGUUUAUGAUGAUGUUCUUUCUAGUGGCUUGAAACAGCAAGAACAGCUUUCUAUGAGGCACUUGUUGGACAUAAUCAGACUUUUUUUGAUGAGAAUGUUGAAAGAUGUUAAAUGUAACAAGAACAUACAGUAUAUUGUUCUCGUUAUUAAUCAUAACAGUAUAAUCUACAUUGGUUCAUAAUUCAGGAAACUGGGUUACUGUAUAAUUAUAUCACAUUUUCUGUUUCCAGCAAUUACUACUUUGAUAUCUAGGCCAUAUUGUUCUCCUUAAAUUACAAUUUUAUAAUUUUAUAAUUCACCCUUAAUAUUUGUGCCACGUGGACAGUGUCAAGCACAUAAUGUUACACAUUUCUUCUCUCAAUGGCAUCUAAAGAAAACCAUUUGCAAAUUGUGCAUUUUUUCCAAAUUACACUUUUAUAAUAGGGCCUCAUUAGAUUUGUCUUUAGUACAUGUAAAAAAGAUGUUUAUCUCUUAAAUUAAGCUGUAAAUAUAGCUAUAUGCUAAUACUGUAAA